UGGUAGCUAUAACAUCUAAUCAAGUGAAGUUCUACUUAAUUCACUUCCAUUGUAUUCUAUAAAUAGCAAACUUCUUCUAAAGUAUUGUUGCAUGAAAACAAGAAUUAUAUUAAUCAAAAAGUGUCAAAUUAAUCAUGUCUUUUUUAAGAUUUAUACUUGCAAUUCUCUUCUUGGUUUCAAUUUUUGGUGUAUCAAAUGCUCAUUAUAAACUAAGUCCUACAUUUUAUGCUUUUACUUGCCCUAAUGUUAUACAUGUUGUACGUGAUGUUAUGGAACAAAUUCAACGUAGAGAUGUUCGCGCUGGUGCCAAAAUUAUUCGCCUUCAUUUCCAUGAUUGCUUUGUUAAUGGUUGUGAUGGAUCAGUUUUGCUAGAUAAUGCAACUGGAAUUAUAAGUGAAAAAGAUGCAAAUCCAAAUGUUGGUAUUGGAGGAUCUGAUAUUGUUGAUGAAAUUAAAACUGCAUUGGAAAAUGUGUGUCCUGGUGUUGUAUCUUGUGCUGAUAUUUUAGCACUUGCUUCUGAAAUUGGAGUUGUUUUGGCUGGAGGUCCAUCAUGGCUAGUUCCAUUAGGGAGAAGAGAUGGCUUGACAGCCAACAGAAGUGGAGCAAAUACUGAUAUCCCAAGCCCCACUGAAACCCUUGAUGUUAUGAUACCACAAUUCACUAGAAAGGGAUUGGGUUUAACUGAUCUUGUUGCUCUAUCAGGUGCACAUACAUUUGGAAGAGCAAGAUGUAGAACAUUCAAUCAAAGACUUUUCAACUUCAAUGGAACUGGUAGACCUGAUCCAACAUUGGACCCUAAUUAUUUACAAACAUUACGAAGACUUUGUCCACAAGGUGGCAAUGGUGGUACUUUUGCAAAACUUGAUAAAUCAACACCAGAUCAAUUUGAUAAUCACUACUUCACUAAUCUUAAAAACCAUCAAGGUCUACUUCAAACUGAUCAAGAAUUGUUUUCUACAUCUGGAUCUAGUACAAUUGGAAUAGUGAAUAAUUAUGCAAAUAAUCAAUAUAAGUUCUUUGAUGAUUUUGUUUGCUCAAUGAUUAAAAUGGGAAAUGUUGGUGUGUUAACUGGUACUAAGGGAGAGAUUAGGAAAGAUUGUAAGAGGGUUAAUUAGUUAAUUAAUUAACUAAAUCCUCUUUUAUUUAUUCAUGUUCUUAUUUUUUUUUAUUUUUUUUUGGUGGAAGUGUAAUGUGUGCUGAAACCCUGGUGUAAAGUCCGCUUACAUUUUAUCUUCCAUUAUAUGUUGUUGUUUGUUGUAAUGUAUGCUGAAAUAGCAAUUGUUCCCAAAUAAGACAUGUUAUGCUAAAAUAACAAUCCCAAUAAGGAUUUUGACAUCUA